UACAACAUAAAGUUGCGCAAGCCUAUUGGUUUUCUUUUAAAAAACUAGUGCGCAUGAGUUUUCGAAAAAUACCAGUUGACAACGCAAGUUAAAAUCGAUAGGGAUGUAGCGACUAUAGUCUUGUCCGUUUUGAAAAAUGUAAUAGAUUAACAUAGACAUAACAUAACUCUAGAAAAUAACCUAAAAAUCAAAAGUAAAAUUUGGAUGUGCAAUAAUAUAAUGAACUGUGGUUACUAAAAAUUGUUGGGAAAUAAAUAUUGAUUAACAGAAUCAAAAUACAUAUUCGAAUUCACAUUAAAAUACUUUGAUUUCUAUUUAUAUUUUCAAUAAUAAAAUAUCUAGAUGAUUUGUCCGGAUUUUUUAGAAUUUCAGGACAUCCUGAAGAAGAUGAGGAUACUUGAUGAUAAAAUAGUAUAUGCCUUAAAUACGUCAAUUCCGACAGAGUCAUUUAAAGCUAAAAUUGAUGCUACUGCAGCUUGUCAUGAUCUUUACUCUCAGAUACGAACAGGGCAUUCUGAAAGGGAAAAUGUAAUAAAAAAUUGUAUACUGGCAACUGCAGAAUCAGUAAAAAAGCUAAAAGCAGUCAAAGAAGAAAAACCUAAUGAUUUAGAAGUUUUGAGGAACUUGAAAGCGGAGCAAAAAAAGUUGAGACUUCUUCAAACUGAACUUAGUGUAGAAGAAGUUAUUCAAGAAAAGACAACAAAACUCUUUACAGAAAAAUGUAGAAGCUACUAUAAGCCCUGAUAUUUAUGAAGACUGAAACUUGUUUUACCUUUUCCUGAAUUAUUAUUGUAUACAUUGAAUCAAUAGUUCUUAGA